AUGCUUAUAACCACCGGUCUUCUCCAGACCCUAGCAGGCCACCUGUUGCCUAAUUGUUUGUACGUGCUGAAGGCUGUUAAGACAGUUGACUUGCUCGGCCCGGGAGCCCCUGCAUCGCCUCCAAGUCUGGAGGGUCCUGCCGAGCUGUACCGAGCCGGACCCUUGGCCCGAGAGCCUUUGGGGCGACAAGAGAGAGGGAGUUGCGGCUGCACAAAAGACAGAGACCAGUCGCAUCACGACUGUGACGGUUGCCUCAAGAGGGUGAAAAGUCGAAACUAG